CUCUCACAAUGCGCUCUAAUCCCGGACAACCACCAAGGCAGGGCCCGUCUCUGUUCAAUACUACUAAAGCUUUCGUACCGCCCCCACCAUCCACUCCCUUCGAAACUCCUGUUUUUAAUAUUUCGUCUCGGCCUGCGGAACCUGCCCCAAGCCAGUCCAGAAAGAUUCAACCAGCCAGUUUCUAUCUACCUCCUGACUUGGAAAAAGCGACAUACAUCCCAAAAGUAUACUCCAUCGUUUUCCGUGAAAAUGGAGAUCCUGUUCUAGAGGAUAUUCUUCGCUACGUCUGGGAAUCGAACCGGUUCCGAUGGUACAACGACGAAGAUGACGACUACUUCGGCAGGUCGGAUAGGCCUAUCAAGCCAUACGCCGUUUCUGUUGAUCCUCGCCUCUACAGCUUCGAGACGGCUGAUAGAUCGACUAACCUCGUCAUGCGCUUUACGUCCCGGGACGGUCCUAUUCCGCACUGUCUCAACCUCCAAGUUAUGAGGCCCUCCAUCUGGCCGUUGAAACCUGCUGGAGCGAAGUUUACCUUCGAGCACCCCCAAGCCGGAAACAAUGGCAAAUACGCAAGCCCUUGCCAAUUUCUUUAUGCACCACGCAGCCCAAGGUAUCAAGGCGCAACGGCGGCCCUAAGCAUCGGUUUCCUCAUGCGCAGCGGCUUGCCCCCUUUGAUUGGUAACCUUACAAAUACCGAAGAGACCAAUAUUCUCUGUUAUCAUGACGACCUUAUGUUUACUCCAGGCCCUCGGAAGGCGACCAUGAUGAUCUUACAUCAGCUGCCGAAUCUUGGUGCAGUUACGCAGGAAAUUGCGAAAUAUCAUCCUGACGGCCGAUCUCUGAGUCGGGGAGAACUUGCAAAACAAGUUUCGGAAUGCUUGUGGGACCAUUAUAUUGGCCUUCAGAGGCAAGCAGGUUACUCUAAAGAGAGGAAGGUCGGCGACCCCUAUGUUCCUCCGCCAAAGAUCCCUUCUGGCAGUGAUCCAUGGAGCUUGCAGUACGUUCGCCCUCGUAUCAUUCGUCUCAUGGGCCUCAACUGUCACGGAGACGAGUGGGUCUCAGUCUUCGCCACCGAAUUGCGCUAGUACACUUCAAUUUCACUGAUAGGAUACACUAUCCCAAUUUAUAUUACUCCCAUAUCUUCUUAUGCAUAGACCAUGCUGUGAUCAGAAUUGACCGAGCUACGACACGUUAAAUCAUUGUAAAACACCAACGUCCCCGAUC